AUGCUCCAUCCAAUACGCCGUAGGAUGCAGUAUGUUCGAUGUCGCAAGCCGGGAGCUGCAAUUUCACAUCUCAAAGCCUGAUGUAAGAAGAGCGCGCGACUUGCUGCGUAUAUCUUUCCGCUUCGAACCUGUCGAUCCUGAAUUUCAGCCAUUCAAAGGUGAAGACGCGACUGCGCACUUGAUAAACAGCAGUCCUCUGAGUUGCAACACGAAUUCCCCUGAAGCUUUAAAAGCUGCGAAAAGUUGGUUCGAUGGGUGUGUUUCCUGUCACCAGAGUUGCGGAUCUAGAGAAGCCUGGCUUCCCACUCGGCUGAUUGAUCUGGGCGAUUCGGGUGCAGACAACCAAUUAAAGCUCAUAUCAACCAAGGCUCAUGACAUACAUUCUCCUUACAUGACGCUAAGUUAUCAGUGGAGUUCAACAGAAGAGUCGAGUAUCAAAUUGACAAAUGAAAACAUUCAGGGUUUGCACCAGUCGAUUUCAGUUCACGGGCUUCCGAGAGUGGUUCGAGACGCGAUCUACUUGACGCGCGCGUUCGGGGUUCGAUACCUUUGGGUCGAUCGUUUGUGCAUCGUCCAAGGUUCGUCGGAAGACUGGAGCAGAGAGGCAGCGCUCAUGGGAAGGGUGUACUCUACAUCUGUCUGUACCAUUGCUGCCUCCGAUGCCGACGAGCCCGGUAAAGGCUGCUUUUUCGACCGUGAUCCGCGAAGCAUAUUGCCAUGGAAAUCCAACCUGAGGAUCUUCAAUCACCAAAAAGAGGCUUUCAUCAUAACGCCAAGCGUCGGUCUAUCGCUUGACAUUGACCCGAAGCAAUGUAAAUCAUGGAGGGAUGGAGUUUGGUUGUCCCCACUCUAUAGUCGAGGGUGGGUUCUUCAAGAGAGCUUGCUUUCGCGACGGAUCAUCCACUGCACCAAGAGGCAACUGUACUGGGAGUGCGACAGACUCGUCGCUUCUGAAGUCUUCCCCAAAGGAAUACCACAAAUGUAUCAAGCAGCAGAUAGCUUUGGCCACUUACGGAUAUACCUUGCUUCUAAACUUCCGUAUUCAUCUUCCAAUCGCGGUCAUAGUGGCUCAAACGAAAACCACAGCGUAGAUGUGGCCGCUAGAGGAAAUGAUGCUACUGGCUUUUCACACAGCCAAUGGAUUUCCAUCGUCGAAGCCUACACAAAAUGUCAAUUGACGCACGCAAAUGAUAGACUUAUAGCAAUUUCAAGUGUAGCCGACUUACUAAGACGCUCUGAGGGCGAGUAUGCGGCGGGCAUUUGGAAACAUCAUUUCACCGAUGGGCUACUUUGGGCACGAUCAGAGCAGCGACUGGAAUUUCAGUCCAAGAUGCAGAGGUCGGAUGGCCCUACGUGGUCAUGGGCUUCGAUAAAUGAAGCGGUGGAGUUCAAGUUCCAAAGACUAUUUGUGGGGGAACUGGCAGAGACAGUGUCCAGGACUGUAAUUAAGCUAAUUGACUUCCCCACGGCGAGUGAGGCAACGUGUCCUUCAGAGCAAACCACGGGUAACGCGAUCGUGGUCGAGGGUGAGCUCGUGAAGGUCGAGUGCAGCUUUCGAGACGUUAGGAAUCGUUCUGCCGGCGUACGCAUCUUGCGUCUUGGGAAAGAGAGUUUCGACUCCACCUCCGCGACUGUGACGAAGCAGCAACUGGACAGCGUGGUUCUCUACGACAAUCUUCUCGAAGGCAUCCAGCAGAAUGGCAACACAUUUUGCAUGCCUGUCAUAGUCAGCGAACUGGUCAGUAUAUGGCACGUGAAAGGCCUGUUACUGACCUGCGGAUCGGAAGGAGAAUAUCAACGCUUGGGGUAUUUUGCCGUUAACGGCUUAAAGUCACGCAUAUGGAGGGUCUUCCAAGAAACGGAGAAGCAAAUCAUCAGAAUUGUCUAACGAUCUGUCAGCUAGAGUUAUGGAUUUGUGGUAGAUGAUGGGGUAG